UAGUUAUGGAGAGGUGAUUUUCAUGGAUCAGUUUAAACAAAAACAUUGCCGAAUUCGAACCGUUGCUCUCUGAUCUUAUCUCGCCGGUGGGGAUGGAGUUUCACCCCACUAUUCCACCAGGAGACCUUCCCCCUGCUGAGACUGCAGUUGAAGGUUACCAUGACAGCAGUCUCCAGGGAGACUUGGGUCUCUAUGGUGACCAGUUGCCAGGCAGCAUGGAGCAUGAAUACAAGGAGUUCCACAGCAUCUUGGUGGACGGUGGCAGCCAUUUUGGAGUGUCAGCUGUGGCGUUUGAUGGCCAGGAAGAGCUGCUGUGGAUGGGUAACCAAGGGGGUCAUGUGACAUCAUACUAUGGCCAGGGCAUGCAGAAGUACACAUCAUUCCAAGUGGAUGCCAGGUUUGAUGUGAGGCAGCUCCUCACUCUGGACACGGGCGUCCUCUCUCUGAUGAGGAACCAUCUGAGGUGUUCUCACAGGUUUGGGAGGACACUGUUUGACUAUGGAGAUGAGAGGUUACAGGACAUGCAGUGUAUGCUGCAGACAGGUGGAGAUAAGCUACUUCUGGGAGGUCACCAGACCAAGAUGCUGGAACUGGACCUGAACAGUGUCCAGGUGGUCAAAGAGGUUGAUGUAGAAGAAGCCGGAUGUGCCAUAAUGAGGCAGACCAACAAGUACCUGUUCAGUGGCGACACCAGUGGCAAGGUGACCCUCAGAGACCCCCGCACACUGAAGUCGGAGCAUGUGUUAGAGGCUCACACUGGAACACUCUCUGAUAUGGAUGUACAUGAAAACCUGCUGAUCACCUGUGGAUUCACCAGCAGGAACAACAUGGGUAACAUGGCUGUGGAUCGUUUCCUGAAAGUGUACGACCUGCGCAUGCUGCGUGCGGUGACCCCAAUACAGCUGAUGAUAGACCCCAUGUUCCUCAGGUUUAUGCCGACGUACUCCACCAGAAUCGCUGUCAUUUCUCAAGCAGGCCAGUUCCAGCUAACAGACACAGGCGCUGUUACGCCAGCCUCCCUGUUCAUGUACCAGGUCCACACAGAGGGCGCUGGCAUCAUGGCCUUUGACGUCUCCACCUCCUGCCAGACCAUGGCGUUUGGUGACAGCGCAGGUAUUUUACACCUGUAUGCUACAGGAGAACAUGCUGUGUACAACACCUUCUCCAGACCCACAGAGUUUGCUGAUCAGCCUCGUCCUCUCCAGCCAAUCAGCAUCACUGAUGAGUUGACGCCCUACGCCAUCAUACCAAUGCCGUACCCAGACAGUAGCCAGAAACUGCUCUCUGAUUGGCCAGAACAUCUGUGUCAGCGCGUCUACAGGAAAACUCAGAAUAUAGACAACGAGAUUCUGCGCUCCAUCAUGACGCGAGAUAACAUGGGGUACGCCCCCAACCCUGGUAUAAAACAGCGGAACCAGGUCCCUUAUAAAGUCAAUACAGGCACUACCAAGGGCAGGCACAGAAAACCUAGUGUUCCUGAGUCUCCACUAGGAAGAGGUGACGAUCCCUUUGUCUCUGUCCCCAAGACCUACCAGAAGGUGGAGGUGAAAUAUUCCAAGCAUGGCUGGGAGGACUUUGACUUCAGACAUUACAACAAGACCAACUUUGCUGGCCUGGAGACACACAUUCCUAAUGCCUACUGCAAUGCCAUGCUGCAGGUGCUGUACUUUAUAGAACCCCUGAGAUGUGUAUUGGAAAGUCAUCUCUGUCUGAAGGAGUUCUGUCUCUCCUGUGAGCUGGGAUUUCUGUUCCAUAUGUUGGACAAACAGAAGGGGCAGACAUGUCAGGCGAGUAAUUUCCUGAGAGCUUUCCGUACAAUCCCAGAAGCCUCUGCGUUGGGUCUUAUCCUCAACGACAAUGAAGAAUCCAGCGCAAAGACCAACUUCUCCCGUCUCAUCCAAAGCUGGAGUCGUUUCAUAGCACAACAGCUACAUACUGAAACCUCCCAGAAGACCAAGACCAAGAUAGCAGAGAUAAUUGAGAAAGAAGAGCGGAGACAGCAGGAGGAGCACGAACAUGAACAGACAGCUGAUGAAGGGACUACAGAGGCGACACCUACAGUUGAGGAGGCGACUGAAGCACAACCCUCAGCAGAACUUUCUGCAGAUGAAGAGAAGGAGAAAGAAAAUGAGAAAGCUGAGGAAAAAGUUGAAGUGACAAGGAGUGGAGAGAUCUCCCCUCAGACCACGAUACCUGGCCGGCUGUUCUACACAGAAGUGAUCAGCUCAUUCAAGUGUCGCUGUGGUCUCAGCAGUUCCAGAGCAGGGACGUCCACACUGUGUAAUCUUACAUAUCCCGAGAUAGAUGACAGUAAAGGUCUGGUACAGUAUACAUUUGCUGAUGUACUCAGACACAGUAUGGUAUCAGAGCAGAACACACAGGCCUGGUGUAACACCUGCUCCAGAUAUCAGCCUCAUGUCCAAACCAAAGUAUUGAAGAAUCUACCAGAUGUCCUGGGGGUGAACUGUAAACUGGACAAUGAGAGAGAUCUGGAGUUUUGGAGUACCCAGAAGAUGUUAUUAAAGAGACGACAGGAGGAAAUGGAGGCCAGGAAUCCAGAUUUACAAAUGGCUGCCGCCUACGCUGCUGCCAUGCAGAGGAAGCCAUGCAGAUAUGGCGCUGCCUGCACUCGCAAGGAUUGCCACUUCUGGCACAAUGAUCCAGAGAAAGAUAAGAUAGAAAUAAAGAAGUCUGAAGAUGAACCUGGCUGGAUUCCAUUUCUGUUGAAAAUGAGGCUGACACCAGAGGGCAGUGUGGAGGUGGAGGAACAAGAAGUGACAGAAGAGAGGUUUAUCCCAGAGCCAGGUUACACGUAUUACGAUCUGCUGGCCACUGUGGCGCACGUGAAGGAUGCCAAGACAGGAGGUAACCUGGUCAGCCAUGUCAAGGUUGGGGAGACGUACCACCAGAGGAAAGAGGGCGUCACUUGUACACAGUGGUAUCUCUUCAAUGACUUCUCCAUCACUCCCAUAGAAGAGCAAGAGGCAGUCCAGUUCAACCUGGAGUGGAAGUUUCCAUGUCUGAUCUACUUUAUAAGAAAAGAUCUUAACCAACAUUAUGACAUACAGAUCAAGAACCCUGUCAGCUCAGAUGUGCUGUUUGCUGAUGCCUCAUUAGUCAACCCCAAGAGAAGGAAGAUCACCUACUCCCCUCUCAGCCUGGAUGAGCUGCCACAGAAAGGAGACCUGGUGGGUCUGGACGCUGAGUUUGUCUCCCUCAAUCAGGAAGAAGCAGAGUUGAGAAGUGAUGGGACACGUUCUACUAUCAAACCCUCCCAAAUGUCUGCAGCUAGGAUUACCUGUAUAAGAGGACAAGGAGAGGGUGAGGGGGAACCCUUUAUAGAUGAUUAUAUUGCUACUCAGGAACAAGUAGUAGAUUACUUGACCCAGUUUUCUGGCAUCAAACCUGGAGACCUGGAUGUGACAGUGUCCUCCAAGCACCUGACCACGCUGAAGUCUGCAUACAUCAAGCUCAGGUAUUUGGUGGACACUGGGGUGGUCUUUGUGGGCCACGGCCUGAAGAAGGACUUCAGAGUGAUUAAUUUGGUGGUACCUAAAGACCAGAUAGUGGACACUGUCCAUUUGUUCCACCUGCCACGCCAGAGAAUGAUCUCCCUGAAGUUUCUGGCCUGGUAUUUCUUAGGUAAGUGCUGUAGUACAAAUCUGUGACAACAUUAAUAAUAUAGAAGUACCUGACUGACCAUGCAAAUCCUGAAAUUUAAGUGGAAAGUCUGAAGUUUUCCUCAGCUUCAUUUGAUAAAGCAAGAAGUGUUAGCAGUGAACUGUGGUAGUGAAAUAUUUGAUGAACUAUUUCAUAUCAUUAUGUAAGAUGAAAUUUUUUAUACUGUAAGAGAGUUGCGGGAGAGUUGCAUGUAUGGUCUUUAUUUAAAUCAUGCAUUCAAGCCCAUUUGUUUUCAAAUUACAGUGUUUUC